CCGCCUCUGCCUCUGCUUCUGCUUGUGCUGCUGCUGCUGCCGGCGCUGCCGGCUGGGGGGAAAAUGUCCGAGCGAGGCGGCUUCUACAAGCAGGAGCUGAACAAGACGGUGUGGGAGGUGCCCCAGCGCUACCAGCACCUGACCCCGGUGGGCUCGGGGGCGUACGGCUCCGUAUGUUCAGCAUAUGAUACCAAAACAAGGCAGAAGGUGGCAGUCAAGAAGCUUUCGAGACCUUUCCAGUCGCUUAUUCAUGCCAGAAGAACCUACCGGGAGCUUAGAUUACUGAAGCACAUGAAACAUGAAAACGUUAUAGGAUUACUAGAUGUUUUCACACCUGCAGCAUCAAUAGAAAAUUUUAAUGAAGUGUAUCUUGUCACAAAUUUAAUGGGUGCUGACCUGAAUAACAUUGUGAAGUGCCAGAAAUUGACAGACGACCAUAUACAGUUUCUUAUAUAUCAGUUACUUCGAGGGCUUAAGUAUAUUCAUUCGGCUGGAAUCAUUCACCGGGACCUGAAGCCUAGUAACCUAGCUGUCAAUGAAGACUGUGAAUUAAGGAUUUUAGACUUUGGCUUAGCCCGGCAAACGGAUGACGAAAUGACGGGUUAUGUAGCGACACGGUGGUACAGAGCCCCGGAAAUCAUGUUGAAUUGGAUGCACUAUAAUCAAACAGUUGACAUUUGGUCAGUUGGAUGCAUCAUGGCGGAGCUGCUAAAAGGGAAGGCCCUUUUCCCUGGAAACGACUAUAUUGACCAGCUGAAACGAAUAAUGGAAGUGGUUGGUACACCCAGUUCUGAACUUCUCAAGAAAAUCUCAUCAGAGCAUGCCAGAAAGUACAUAGAAUCUCUACCGCACAUGCCUCAACAGGAUCUGAAAGCAGUAUUCCGUGGAGCCAACCCAUUAGCUGUAGAUCUUCUUGAGAAAAUGCUUAUACUGGAUAGCGAUAAAAGAUUAACAGCGUCGGAAGCACUCGCCCACCCUUACUUUGUCCAAUACCAUGAUCCUGAUGAUGAACCUGAGGCAGAACUGUAUGACGAAUCAAUAGAGAAUAAAGAACGGAUUAUAGAUGAAUGGAAAGAACUUACAUAUGAAGAAGUGACCAGCUUCAAACCACCCGAUUUAAAGAUGGAUAGCCUUGAAAUUGAACAAUAAUCCAGAACCUUAUCUCUUUUUUUGCCAUGCUGUACUAUGAAGACUAUUAAACGGAUUGCAUUGCAAUUUAAUUUCUUAUACCACAAGCGUAGAUUUUACUAUCCAAAGAUCUUGGAAAAGCUAUGGGAAAGCAGAUAAAUAGCACUGAAGGAAAAUGUAUCCGGGGUGUGUUUUGCCUUGUACUACGAAUGUAAUAAUUACAGAACAUUAAGAACUGCUUCAUUAUGACAAAUGAUGCACUGGG